AUGCAGCCCCUGCGCUCGCGGCCACAGCAGCCCAGCUGCCCGGCUGCCCCGGGCAGCCGCAGCCGCGCGCGCCGGCGCCCGCCUUUCCUGCUCGGCUCACAGGCCCCGGCUUCGUUAGCCCCCGAGUGCUGCGGGGCCGCCAGCCAGCCACACGCCUCGGCGUCAGGGGCAUGGAGGAGCGGCGGGCUCCGAGCCGCGCCCCGGAGUCCCCGAAACUUCCGAGCAGGCGCCGGUCCGCGCCGCUGCAGCCAUCGCCGCCGCCGCCGCCGCCGCCGCUUCACCUGCCGGCCUGAGAGUGGGACCAUGGAUGAAAGGUUCAACAAGUGGUUGCUGACGCCGGUGCUCACUCUCCUCUUCGUGGUCAUCAUGUACCAGUACGUGUCCCCUUCUUGCACCAGCUCCUGCACCAACUUCGGGGAGCAGCCCCGCGCGGGGGAGGCCCGCCCGCCAGCCGCCCCGAGUCCCGCCCGCCGAGAACAGGCGCCUCCGGAGGAGUGGGAGCGGCGGCCCCAGCUGCCGCCGCCGCCCCGGGGGCCGCCCGAAGGGAUGCAGGGGGUCUCUGCGCCGGAGGACGAAGAGGAGGAGCCGGGGGAUCCAGAGGAGGAGGAGGAGGAAGAGGAAGAGGAGCCGGACCCCGAGGCCCCCGAAAACGGGUCCCUACCCCGUUUCGUGCCGCGCUUCAACUUCACCCUGAAGGACCUGACUCGCUUCGUGGAUUUCAACAUUAAAGGGCGCGACGUGAUCGUGUUCCUGCACAUCCAGAAGACCGGGGGCACUACGUUCGGCCGGCACCUGGUGAAGAACAUCCGGCUGGAGCAGCCCUGUAGCUGCAAAGCCGGCCAGAAGAAGUGCACCUGCCACCGGCCCGGCAAGAAGGAGACGUGGCUCUUCUCCCGCUUCUCCACCGGCUGGAGCUGCGGGCUGCAUGCCGACUGGACUGAGCUCACCAACUGCGUGCCGGCCAUCAUGGAGAAGAAGGACUGCCCCCGCAACCACAGCCACACCAGGCUGAAGACUAAUACCACAGGAAAUGAAAGGACACAGGAGAGCUUAGAGAACACUGGAGGCAGAACAGCUAAUGCAAGGUGAGUGUCCAGUCAAGGAAUUCACAAGAUCAGUAAAAGCUGACAGCACCCCCUAACUUUCUACCGUGAAAACAGCUCACUGAAAUUAUACCAGGUGGAUGUUUUAUCAGUAUCCUGGAGGUUUUCUCUCGUAGAAUAAUUUCCUUAAAAUAGGAGUGUAUUAUUCAGGCCUAACAACUAGUAAUUGCCCCGUGUCUGAGUCAGUAAUGCUAUAAUAAAAAUUAACUUAUUUACAAAGAAUUAUUAUUAUGUGUUUGUGAAUUUUAGAUGAAGAAUUAGUUUAAAAUUUGCGACUUCUAUCCCACUGAUAUGUUGUGUUUCUAUCGCUUUCCUUUAAAAAAUUAACUUUUCAUUCAUCAGUAAUCAUGCUUUAACUCACACAGUUUAAUGAUAGAAUUCUUUUUGUGGAGGGGAGAUGACUCUUCCUGUAGCUGUGUGUUUAUAUUUCAGUGGGAUUUUGGAUAUGAACUUGGUAAAAGGAGUUUCUUUAGCAUUUUUUGUAUCAUGAAACUGCAAAAUUGAAGGUAGUGUGUAUUUUGGUUUAUAAAUGGAAUGAGACCAUGUAAUGUGAUUUUGUAUUUGUUCAUGAUUUAUAGGAUGUGUUUGUGUGUUAAAUAAUCUCUCAUUAUUGUGAGCCACGCUUGUUUUAGGAUACUUUGUUUCAUGGAAGCCAAACAAAAGAGCUUGUUUUGGGUUUCAGUUUUUGGUAUUAGCUUGUCGGUUUUGUAAUCCAAUCAGGACAAGAAAGGGACAAAUCAUGAGUGAGGCAGAGAUGGACAGGAAGAUGAGUCAUCCUUAUUCUGCAAUAGGAAAUGUGAUAGUGGCCAUUUAGUAAGGGCCCUGUUGGUGGGGGUGACCUCACACACACAGGUGUGCUUGUUGGCUUUGAUGACUCAGCCCCCCAGGCUUUAGGGGACGGCACAGCUUGUUCCACUGCUCUUUGCAAAUGGACCCCAGAGAGGCUCCAACCCCUUCCUGAAUCGUGCAGCUAGUUUCAGCUACUGGCAGGGUUGAUAUACAUGGAGCAUCUUUCUGCCGAUGCCCCAGUCUGGGCCUGAGCCCAAGAACCAUCUCUAGUGUUGACAUUCAUGGAUGGAACAGAGCAAUCACUUUCAGAACGGCAUACCUACACUUUGUGGCGACACAAAAAUAAGUCUUUGAAUGUUCUAUCUGGAAUGCAUGUGAGGAAAAACCACUUAGUUUCUCAUUUUUAAAAAGUUACUCUUUGUGUCUAACUUGAGGGAGCAUUGGGAGAAUGAAUAAGAUUGCUUAGAAGUUGCAAUAAUGUACACAUCACAAUUUUUGGCAAUAACUAUAUAACUGACCUUGCUAGUUGCUAACAUAAAAGGUCAAAAUGCUAUCAUUGGAUGUCUAGUUGAGGGACUCCAAUCUUUCUCUGAGUCAUGAGCAAUUUAUUUCAGAUGGAAACUGGUUCAGAUGGAAACUGAAUAUUCUAGUUGUUUUUCUUCUGAUCUCUUUCUUUUCUCAAGUAUAAAUUAACAAUAUAGAGGAGCAUGUCUCAGCCCAGUAGCAGCAAGCUGUCCAUCCUAGCAGCUCACAUAACUCCUUUACAUGUUACCUGUGGGUUUUCAAGAUGUUCUAAUUUCUAUGUCAGGAUAUUAGCCUCUGCGGUGCUUUCAGUUAUCCUGUGGUUCUUAAGGCUAAUGAUUGCAAAUGAGACCCCAGAGCCCUAUCACUGUUAGUACUGCUGGUUCGGACAGGGGAGAGUAAAGUAAAAUCUUGAAGCCUGUACAAAACUCUAAUUUGAUUAAUUUGAGAUUAACUGUUUAGCACCUUCCUGAAAUUAAUAAAACAGCCUUGCUUAUGUAUGCUCACAGUCCUGUGUUCUAAGCAGAAUACUUUGUUUCAGUGUGAAAGUAUGUAGAUUAGAGAUGGGCAGUGUUUGGCCCAGGCUGUAGGGCCACCAGAUUGUUUCAUGAUGCCCUGUAUCAGUAUCUUUCUACAGGAUUCUUCUGAUAAGAAUCUUCCAUUCUCUAAAAAUGAAUGUCUGCUCCAUCAUCCAUUACUUAGAUUUCUUUUAGGCCAUUCUGAAAUAAUUUGGGCAGACUUUUAUGUUUGUUUAAGUGGAGCAUGUUUGCAUUGUUACUGGGAGUUCAUUUAAUUUUUACAAAGGGUAAUUGAAUUAUUCUGAAGUUGAAUGCAUGGUUUAUGCACAGCAAUAUAUUAGCUUGUAAGUUGCCAAUUGAGGGAGUCACUGAGAAUAAAACGUUUCCUACAUGCAUCCUAAGUAUUUUGGGAGCUUAAAAUGUGAAUUUUGAUCACAGACAUUCUUUGUAGACAGUAGACUUAAUUGGUCGCACCUGACAGGUAUACCUAUAUUCAAAGCCACUUAGUAGUAAAUGCAAAUCAAAUCGAGUUUGGCCUAAUUAAAUUAUCUGGGGGAGGUGAGUAUGUGAAGUUGCUAAUGUUGUUAUUACAAAUCACCUACACUAGGAGGUGCACACAAGUUAUACUCUGUAUUCUGUUUGGAGACCUUUCGGUGAACCAUUGAGUAAUGUCUAAAGCCUGCCAAUGAAGAAUCAGUAGACUUUAAUAUUCAGAAAGGCAUGUUUCCUCUCAAAGUGUUACAUAUUUUCUGGAAACAAGCACUGUACUUUCUAAUAUUUUUCUCACUGCACAGAUAGGAUUAUUUUAGAUAAUCAUGUUGAAUGUGCACCUCUUUUUUUUUUUUUUUUUGUGAAUGGAGGAGGUAGUAUUGGAAAAGGCAAAGAAAGUGGCAGACCUUAAAGUUCUUGUACAUCUGUCCUUACUUACACCAGGAUGUCACUGAUAUAACACUUUAAGAUCUUCACUUUGCUAAAAAUACGAUAAGUGAUCAACUUAUACACAUUGCUAUUUUUCAUAACAUUAUUGUUAUUGUUAUUUAUUAGAUAUAUAUUUGAUUAUCCAAAAAUUCUAUUGACUUAGAUUUCUUAACUUUCAUGUCUCUUCUUUUUUUCUUUGUGCACUACUAAAGUAGAUAAUAAUUAAGUAUCUUAAUACUAGAGAAUGAGUCAAAAAUAGAAAUUUCAAUUGGAUAAAGUAGGAGGAAUCUAACAGAGCAAGGAGAAGUAACUUACAUGCAUGUUGUCAAUUAUGGUGAAGACUCCCUGGGUAGUGGUAUUAGGAAGCUUGCUUUAUGUCUUGCCAAUGACUGGCCAAUCUUGUUAAGUACCAUUUCUUGUGUCUCUGGGUUUCUGAUGCCCCUCUGUGACAGUGGGAAUGCUCAGGUUUAAGAGAGGACAAAACUAGAGGUGUCACUUAGUUAGGAUGAUUGAUUUUCAAAAGGACCCGACCCUCUUCAAAAUGGAUCUCAUGUCCUAGUUUAAAUAAUUUAGAACAUUUGAAAGCAACAAAUGGAUUUAUGUGUGUUUCAAAGGGGAAAUGCUUUGAUGAGUUUCAGGAUUUAAAUGAAGAAAUCAAAACAUCACAAUACCUUUUGUUUUGAUGGUUCACAUUUGUGUUAAUCACAGUAUAUGAACUUUUUUCUCACUGUUUAACUGGAACAAUACACUCUAUAGUUUCAAUUUCUGUUAUAUAUGGUGUUAUAUUUUCCUGUUUUAAGAAAUUUAAUGGCAUUGUUAUUUCCUUGGGGUCUUUCAUCUAGUAUAGAUAUCUCAGUAUGAAUGCACAUUUAUGGCAUAUCCAUACAGUAAAAUGAAAUAUUAAACCAAGAUACGAAAGGAUAUUUUUGUCAGGUACAUUAUAGGUGAAGCAUUUUAACAAUGGAUAUUAUUGAUAAGAGCCAGUCAAUCCUGACCUUGUUCACCUUAAUUGAUUAUUUUUCACACAGAUGAUGGUUUCUUGAUAUUCCAUGAUGACUCUAUCUAGCUAGCAUGCCACAUAAAUAUUCUUAUUAUAUUCAAUACUAUAGUCUAUUAAAUUCAUGGUUGUAUGGAUCAGACACUUUAUCUUGACUUAAGAUAAAACUUCUUUGGCCAAUCUCAUGGAAAGCAUAUGCCCUAGAUUGUUGGUUUUGCAUGAUUCUGUAAUAAGUAAAGUGUUGUAAUAAGUAAAAAUACAGUUUUACUUUUUAAAUAUGGACAUGCUUUACCUAUCAGAUAUGUAUCUUCUCAUCAACAGACUGUAUUUACUAACAACUUUGGGAUACAUAUUUAUUCAUCUUUUGCUCAAAAAAUAGGCACUUAGCAUUUGUGUAGAUCCAGCAGAACAACAGUAGUCAAUUUGAUCUGGCCUCUAAAGCAGGUGUCAUUUUGAUAAAUGGUACUAAUUAAGCUGAGGUUUCAGGUACGAAGCCGAUUGAGUUAGGUGUUGGCACCUGGAUGGCCAUGGCCAGACAAGUACAGAUGUCGCAGCGAGGUAGAGGCAGCACUUUAUUAACUUCCUUGAGUCUCCAGGUUUUGCAUCUCCCAUCAUUUGAUCACAGAAUCUCGGUGCUGGGGCACCAUGGCUGCAGCUUGCAUUUAUUCACAGGUUGUAGGAGGCCAAAGCACUUAUGGAAAUUUCAGCUCUUUCAGGUCAUUUUUUCCCUCACUGAUCCCUAUCCUGCAGUGAGAGACAAGUGCAUAAAAAUGAUUAAUUAGACAAGAAGCCUCAUUGUUUUCAAUCCAUGAUUCAUAUUCCUCCUGCACAACAAGGGUUUAAACUGCAGGAAACAAAGCUCUUUUAUGUCUUCUUACAUUAAUUUCAUUAUAGAUUGUCUAGGUAAAGAGUGCAGGAUUCUGUCACUGCUUUCUUCUUCAUGAUUAGAAAGACUUUUAGUGCAAAAUGACAUUAGGACAUGACCUUCUCUUUUGAAUUUCUGUCUUCUUGGUGAUCUCACAGGAUCAAAUUAGGCCUUGGACAGUUCCACUAUUGAGGACUCCAAAAGAGGAUUUAUGAUUCCCCUUAUUUUUUCUACUUACUCACUAAAAAAAUUUGUUUUGAUUAGGGAGAGGUACUUUGAGACGAUAUUUUAAUAAUCUUGGAGAACCAAAUUCAUUUUCUCAACUUUCUAACAUGGAGGUUAGAAAAAAGUAUCAAGGAAAUAUUUCAGGCUUUACAGGCCAUAUGGUCUCUGUCACAGCUAUUUAGCUCUGCCGUUGUGAUGUGAAAGCAGCCAUCAACAAUACAUACAUGACUAGGUACCGUGAUGUUCCAGUAAAACGUUGUAACUACCAAAAUUUGAAAUCUCAUGUAGUUUUCACAUGUCAAGAACAUUAUUUUUCUUUAUUUUUUUCAACCAAUUAGAAAUAUAAAAACAUAAUUAACUUGUCGCUGUACAGAUACAGACAGUGGGUCAGUGUUGGUCCAUGGGCUGUGGUUUGCUUUUACCCUGCUCUAAUGCAUUUCAUGAAACUCUGUGCAAGGUAAUUAAGCAUUAUCCCUGCCUUCAGGGAACUUUUCAUUCAGAUGGGGAAAAGCAUAUCCAUAUUACAAGACAGAAUGUAAUUAAAUGCUCACUCCAAAUCUCAAACCACCCGAAUUCUCUGACUAGUCCUGGAAGGAAGAAGAAGAACCAGGGAGAGAUGGGAUAAUCAAGGAGUGUGGGUGUGAGGGGAGCAGGGUGGUGGGAGGAACCUGGAAAGGCUGAGGUCCUGAGGCACAGGCAGUCCUGGCAAGAACUGGCAGAAGAUACUUUUCAAAUUUAGAAAGUUUCAGAUUAUAAUAAGGGAACCCAAAAUUUAAAUACUUCAAAAUUUGGUUUUGUUCUUUUGUAGAGACAUAAAUAAUGCAAAGGCAGUAUUAAAAAUAUGCUCGAUUUGUGAGCCCUAUCUUGUGCUGAAUGCUGUUCAUUCAGUUAUCACUUAUAAUGCCUUGCACAAGUUAAGAACUUGAUGGCAUGUUAGUCAUGUCUGUUUACUGGUCUUAGGACAAACUGCUGUAUAGCUGCUAUAACAAAAUAUCAUAGUCUAGGUGGCUUAAACAACAGACAUUUAUUUCUUAUAGUUCUGGAGACAAGUAAGUCCAAGAUCAAGGUGCUGACUGAUUCAGUUCUCUUCCUGGCUUGCAGAUGGCUACCUUGUCACUCUGUCAGGGUUUGUGGGGUAAAGGGAGGGAGAGAGAAAGCUCAUAGGAAUGUCAGACCUCCAGUAUCUCUUCUUAGAAGGGCACUAGUCCAGAAUGAGAGCCCAUUGUCUUGGUCUCAUCUAAUUCUAAUUACCUCCCAAAGCCCUACCUCUACCAUCACAUUCAUUUUGUGGCCAUACAGAUACAGACAGUGGUAAAGAAGAGCUUCACCACAUGACUUUGCCAUAUGACUAGGACACAAAUAGUCUAUAUCAGAGGGGUAUUGAGAAUAUAAAUUAUAGAACACAACUUUACCUUCUAGGGCAUCAGUGUCUUAAGGGGAAACCUCACUUAAGCUUUAAGAAAUAAAGUGAUACAUGCAGAAAUAAGAGGAUAUAUAAUUAAUUUGCUAGAGGAGCACUCUGCUUGGGCUGGUAGGGAAAGGGAAGGAUUCAUAGAAGGGGCAACAUUUAGGCAGUGUCUCAAAUGAUGAUAAAGAAUUAACUGGGUAGAAGAGAAGAAUAUUCUCAAUAGUGUGUAUAGAGUUGGGAAUGUAUGUGUUAUGUUUAAGAAAGGCAAUUAUGAUAACCUGUGAUUCAGGAUUAGAAAGAAUAUGUUGGUUGGCAGGAAAAGUUCAAAGGAGUAUCAGAACUUAGGAUCUUGAAAGAUAUUUCAUAUGAUAACUGAAGUAUUUGAACGUUAUCCUGUAGGUAAGGAGUUGUUGAAGGACCCUGAGCAGAGUAAUGAUAUGACUAGAUUGGACAUUUAAUCCAAAAAUGGAUUAGAGUAGGUAUAAGGUUGUGGCAGGAAAAUAAGUCAGGACCAUGUGAGACUGAAAAGUAAAACAGAUGGUGAGGCUAGGAAUGGAGAAGGUAGCAGGAGGGGAAGACAGAGUCUAGAAAAACUUUUAAAUUCUCGUUUGGACAGCUAGAUAGAUGAUUUACUCAUCAACCAGAUGGGGUCACUGGAUUGAUUUCAGGGAAUCACAAAAUCAGUCUUUGGAUAUGUUGAAUUUGAGGUUUGAAGUAUGAUUAUCUGUACCCCUGCUCAAAGUAUGUGAAUAAAGAUGCAGAUUUGAGAGUCAACCAGCAUAAAAUUAUAGUCAAAGUCUUUACAGCUAAGGAAGCUUGGGGUCAGGGAGUCAUGUAAGAAGAGGAGGUCCAAGGAUGGAACUUUGAUGGCAAGUAUCCAGAGAUGCGUAGAGAAGCAGCCAAGAAGCUAGAGGGCUGGAUGGGAAUGGAGGAAGCAGAGGCAUGCAUGUAGGUGUUUUUUGAGAAAACUAGGUGAAAUGAGGUGACAAGGUGGUGCUUGGUAUGAAAGUCAAGGACAAGAGAAGCUUUGCGAAAGACAGGCAGUGUCAGAACUGGGGAUGUAGCUUAAUUGGUAGAGCAAAUGCAAGGCACAGGAUUCAAUUCCCAGGUCCCCUAGCCCCCCCAUGUAGACACAAAGAUGGGCAGUGUCUGAACCUUUUCAUUGGCUAAGAUUAUGGAGCCAAUGAAGAGUAAAAGCAAAUGAUACAGAAGAAGAAGAAGUAGGUGAUUUAUACAUGAGGGUCCUAAAGGAGUUAGGUCAGAUGGGAGAACUCAAGAUGAACAGAAAGAGAUAAUUGGGAAGAUUUACAAAUUUAGGACUGGAGCCAAGGAAACUGAGGGACCCCCAACCCAGAUCUAUGUCUUGUCUGUAAAUGAGUGUAAGGCUGCAUAGUCAGGAUGAGAUAGAAAAAGAGGUAUGAAGAAGGAUUGGAGAAAAGAGCAGUUAGGGUCAUGGCAGGGUUUCUUGAACUUUACUGUGUUUAUAGAUCACUUAAUGUUCUUGUGAACAUGCAGCCCUUGAUUCAUUAGGUUGGAGAUGUGUCUGAAAAUUCUCAGUUUGUCACAACUUCCCAAGUCCUGAGUGACACCUAUACCAUAGGUCCAUGCACCCAAUUUCGAGUAGCAAGCAAGUAGGAUACUUUCUAGUUUAUACCCAUUGUAUGCACUCACUAUUACUUCUAAGAUCAUGUGUUUAUAUGGAAGGUGGGGUUUGAAGAAGAGUGCUGAUAAAAUAUAUGUGAAAAUUAGGGCAUUUCAACACCACCGUGGCCUCUGGUCUGACCAGUCAUAGGAGGCAAAAACUAUUUUGCCUCUAAAGGUGAAAAUAAAAUGGCACUGACGUGAAUGGUCACAUGCUUAAUUCUGGCAGUGCUGUUUGCAAACCUGUAAGAGAGAUGAACAUAGUGGUUGGACUGAUGUGGGGUACAGCAGAGCAGAUGAGCUGUGUUGAUCUGUCCUGGAUCUGGAAAGAGAGCAUGUAGACUGGGAGGAGGUUCAGGUGUAAGAGAGAGAAACGGAAUGUCAGGAGAUUGUCUUCAGAGUGUGUAUUCCAAGCAUGACAGGAGAGGUAGCUUGAUGUGUGACACUGCCCAACAAUGGCUGUGAAUGUGAAUUGCGAAGGAAUUGUUCAGAUGAAUGGCAGGAUUUGAGGACCAUUGAAAGACAGAUGUGAAAGCCCUCAUUGGAUGUGAGAAUGAUCAUAGAAUCAUGAUAACAAGGAAGAGAGCUAGUUGGGGAUAGUAGAGGCAGAUGGCAUGAACUUCCAAGAUGUGUCAGGCAGGGGUGGGAAAGUAACAGCUUGGAAAUGGCAGAGCAAAUAUUAUACAGUAGUGUGUGUGUGUGUGAGAGAGAGAGAGAGAUUCUUCAAACCUCACCUUUCAUAUAAAUACAUAAUCUUAGAAGUAACAGUGAGGGCAUACAAUGAGUAUAAACUAGAAAGUAUCCUACUUGCUUGCCCCUCGAAAUUGGGUGCAUGGACCUAUGGUAUCGGUGUCACUCAGGACCUCAGGACUUGGGAGCUUGGACAAACUGAGAAUUUUCAGUCACACCUCCAACCUAGUGAAUUAAGAGAGGGGUGAGGGAUAAGAAGUCUCAUUAAAAGGGGCAAAAGGGGGCAGAGCCAGUUCUUAAAAAGACAGGAUCUAGACAGGGCAAUGGAGAAUUCUUAGCAUUCUGGACAUGAGCUUGAGAAGAUGUGGAUAGAGUAUUGGGCAAGAAGAGGAGUGGGUAGGGAUGUUUCCAGAGAGCCCAGAGAUAAAGGACUGGAAAAGCAUUGGCUGUGGGAGGAAUCAGGUGGAUUCAGGAGGAAGGGAAGAGCAGUAAAAAGAGGAGAGCAGAAGAAAGGAUUGCACCUAAAGAUAAUCAUCUCUGCAGUAGUGUUCAACAAUGACAGCAAGCAGCAAUGGCAGAGGUGCUGUCGACUGGUUGUGAGGUUCUGACUGAGACUUGGGUAAGAAAGUUGUUUGGAAGGAAAUUGGCCAACCUCUUCCAAGAGUUGAAGUGUUGAGGUGUGUGAGCCCAGGGCCUUUUGGACUGUACAUGGACUUGGUCUACUAAAGAAGAUGUCUGUUUAUUUUGUACACACAAAACAAGAAACCAUUACAGUUUCAUUCCAUGCUUUCCUGAGCAUGUUAAGCAUUCUUUUUGAAUGACAAUGCAAAAGAAUCUGUUGCCUGAUGGGUACAUCUGUUUUCCCUUAAUAAACCAUUGACUUUUAUUGAGAGAAUGUGUUUUCCUCUAAUUGUGGUGUGGAUAUGCUUCUUUUCCCUUAGAGUUGGAAAAAAAAAAGUUGAAGUAGAAUUAAAUUCUACUUCCUGCUGUAAGUGGGACCACAAUCAGGCUAGUAAAUGUAGAAUUCCAUUCAGGAAAAGGCCCCAUUUUUUUCUUGAAACCAUAGAACAAACCAUAUGCAAAGGGCUUGUCAUGUCCACCAGAAUGUGUAGGAUUUUACAGUGUUCCAAUAUUGGUCCUUUGUUCUUUUUAUUCCUUUAGUUUUGUGUGUAGCUAUUACUGUUUUAUUGAAAGCAGAAGCCAGUGGGAAAUGUAAUUUUGAACUUGACAAAUAUAAAACACUCAUUUGAUAAUAAGGGGUUUGAAAUACCUAAGAAAUUACCAUAGUUUGAAGAGCUGGAGCAAAAUAAAUCUGAAAUGGAAAGAGAUACAGAGAUGAGGACUGAAAAAGAUACCUAAUAAAUCAAAAUAAAACCAGUUUUGUGGAAGAGAAAAAACACAGAAGGAAAUUGGGAAAAUAAUAAAAGAGAUAAUGAAAUAUAAUAGAAAAAGAUGAAAUGAUAGCAAUUUGUGUUAACCUGGAAGCUUUCAUCCAGAAAUUAAAUUUGUUAGGCCCGGGGGAUUUGGGGAGGUUGGGCAACAGGCUAAUAACGGUGUGCUUCUAGGAGGUUAGCAAUGGGGUCUGAGCCAGUCUGUAUGUAAGAAAUAAAAAUUGUGAAGGAAUUUACAUUUGGUCCAAGAAGCCUGUAGGGGACUUUUCUGUAAAGAGUUAACUUGGUCAAAAUAACAGCAGAGAAGAUAAUUUACAUUCAGGAUGCAGGAGCAGAAAGAAGUGGGAGAGAGAGAUUUUAAAGGAAGUGUGUGGAAUGAAUGUUGUUACUGACUGUGUGUAGGAUGGGACAGACAAUGGCACAUCAUUGUAGCAGGUUCUGGAAUGGAUGUUGAUGAUGAACAAGACUCCCCCGUCCAGCUCUUUCAUCUGUUAAAAAUAAGUGAAGAAUAUUUGCAGAUUUGGCAAGGUACAAGGGGAUUCUUAGAUGCUGCUGUACAAACUUCCUUUGAGGACAAGUGGAUGAUAUAUCACAAAAGCUGUAAAAACACUUAUUUUCUAUGACUAAAACCCCCAUGCCAGGAGAUUUUUUUGUAAAUAAUAAUUAUUAGAGAUGUCUUUAAAGACAUGUGGCUUGAGGUGUUCGUUAUGGUAUUAUUUAUACUUUGGAAACAACCUAGAUGUACAACAAUAGUAAGUUGCUUAAAUAUCUCUCUGCUGAUUUAGCCAAUGUGAGGUGAUGAAUUUAUUAAGGUCACAUUAUAGAAGAAUAUUUAAUGUCAUUAGAAAAUCUUUAUGAAAUAUCUUUAGGUGGAAAAGAAACAAUUCCCUGAGUAGUUUGUUCAAUAGUAGAAGAAAUGUGUGUCUGAAUACGUGGCUGGAUAUUGGGUAUUUCAUCAUCACAUAUAGUUAGUAGCAGAGGAAUGGAAGAUAGGGGUAUCUGGGACCAGGCCUUUGGGAAGGUCUGUGGUUUGAGAAGACAGAAAACCAGGAUUUGCACUCUGUAGAGUAGGCAGUGGCUACCUGAUGUUUCCUUCUGGACUUCUCCACAGCCCCCCCCCAGGCAGAAACUGCUCUUUGUCAUAGCCUGAAUACCUGAGUACCUUGGGUACCCCAGAACAAGCUACUUUGGGUCCAAACAGAAUGAUCAGAGGAAGCCCUGUCCUGGUUCCAGCAGAAAUAUAGUGAGAACAUCCCUGGAAAAUGAAUUUCUGUUUCUAUCCAAAAGGCCAAUAACAUUUCAGUGAAAUGUAAAACAAACAAACAAAAAAACAAACAAGUAAAUAAAUGGAGGUGGGGGGAUGAAUUGUUUUCCCCCUUCAUUCUCUAUCACUUUUUAAUGCUCCCUGUCUCCUUCAUCAAAAGCCCUCGGGUUUUACACUAAAUAGACAAACCAUCUUCACCUUCACAUCCUUGUCAUCUACUGAUCUCUUCGUCAUCCCUAUUCAAUCAUUAAAGAUUUGGUACCUGAUUCAUGAUCCUAUUCCUGUCCGUAAACCUAUCACUAUUUAGUGACCUAGACACAUUCACUCACCCCACCCCACCCCUACCUUGCCAAUACCUUCUCCCCUGCUACCUGUAGAAUGUUCUUCCACAGCCUCCAUUGUCUUCUUCACUUUCUGACCUAACCAGCUUAGAUUAGACGUUUUCUCCUGUAGUAACUCCCUUGAAAAAGCCCUUGGCCCUUUUUACCUUUCUUCCUCCAUCAUUUAUUUCUAGAAAAACAGAUAUUAUGACUCUUUCACUCACUGUCUCCAUGCAGGCACCAAGCUGCUGAAUAUUCCUAGAGACAAAACACUCUAGAAGGCUGCAGAGGUUUAAUUGUAAGUUUGUGAUCACAAACCUCCAAUAGCCUGGUGGUGCAAAACUCCUAUCUUACUAUCCUGAUUCAGUAGGUUCACUUUAUCACUUCCUGAUAUGUUGUCCUCUCAAGUCUUUGUGGAUCUUUUCCUCCCACUUCUCCAUCAGCUGGUGACCUUGCCUUUUAGGAUGGCAGAAGGUGUCCAAAAGACAAUUAUUUGUUUUCUCAUAACCAAGUCUGUAAACCCACCUGCAUUGUUCUUUUUAUUACAGUAGGAGAAACAUCCCUUCUCCCCACUUCUCCUUGUCCUCUUCCUCCUCCUCUGUAUAAAAACAAACCUAAAAUUCUUAAACUCAUAUUUCUCUCCAAUAUCUGCUUUAUUCCUGUUUUCUUAAUAAUCACCCUCUUUAAAAUAUUGUCUACACACACUCUGAUGCUUCACUUCUAGUUUUGUUUUUAACCUCAACACCCAGUUGAAACUGUUCUUUUCAAGGUCACCGUGACCUUCAUGUGGCCUAAUUCAGGGACACUGAAUUUGUACUUUUUUUCUCAGACUUAACUCAACACUAGAUCUAGUUGACUACUCCCUUAUUUUUUAUUUUUACUUAUAAUCUUAUGUAUUUAAUGUUUUUAUGCAUAGGAAGAGUUAAAAGAAAAUUUAACAAACUGUUCUCUAGCAGGAGUUAUGAGAAGGCUUCCAGCAUUUAACCUUUCUGAAUUGCUUAUAUUACAUUUUCAAUCAGUAAAAAUUAUUAUUUUUUUUUAAAAAGGCAUUAUGAGAGCAGCUUCUGCUUUCUUGAAACACGUUCAACUUGGCUUCUUUAACCCCAGACCCUCCUGGUUUUCUUUGCAUCUCACUUGAUUAUUUUUCACAACUCUGCCUUGAGGUGUUGGUGUUCCUAACAGCUAAAGUAGGCCCUUUUUAUCCACCUUCAACUGUCUAAAGGCUCAUCAAGCUGAACAUGUCUAGAAUGGAAUGUUUCUCCAUCCUUCUUCCCACCUGUUCCUCUUUGUGUUCUUUCUUAGUAAGGACGAGUGCCACCUACCCAGAUGCUGAAGAAAGGACACUGGGGCUCAUUUGUAAUUGGUCCCUUUUAUAAGAUCUACUUUGUCACUAAAAUCUAAAGCUCUCACCUGCUCUGUCUCCAGGCUUCCUGCUGCUGUCCAUUUUUAUCAUCAACAUCCUAAGCCAGGCUACAUCACCUUUACGUGGACUGCUACAACAGCUUCCUAACUCUCUCAGAACCCAGUAUUCCCACUUGUCCUACAUUUGUGGACCAAAAAACCGUUUUUUUUCUAAAAGUCAAAUUCAAUUUCUUCUCUUGGGUGAACUUUGAGCUCCUAAUGAUGGCCUCUGAGGCUUUUUUAUCUAUUAUUCUAGCCUUAUUCUGUGCCUCUAUUCCUUUUGCUAUUGCAAUCUCAUUCUUUUGGGCUCAUAUUAAAUGAAAUUAAACCAGAGAAGCUUUCUUUAACCUCUUUAUACAAGUAGGUCUCCACUGUUAUUCUCCAGUACAGCACCCUUGUAGUUUUCUCUAAGACACUUAUGACUUGGAUUUAUGCAUAUGACUGGAAGGCCCCCCGAAGUCAAGGCUGUUUUCUCUCCUCUGAUCAUGUUUUACCACCUACCUGGCACAGUGCUUGUGCAUAAUACAUAAUAAUCUUUCAGUAGGUAUUUGUGGAACAAAUGAAUAGAUGAAUAUUUGCCAAGUAUUGAUGCUAUUUGGUGCCAAUGUGAGGAGAAAGAGAAAAUGAUCCAGGCUGUAAGAUGAUUACCAUGUGGCUGGGUGACACAGGAUAAAUGUUGAGGGUUGGCAGCACCAUAUAGGGAAGUGAAAAAUACAACAGCAAUAUUCAGACCUUGAAAAAUGACUAAAUGAUGAUAUCUUUGUGAGGAUGGGAAAAUAGAGCAGUGGAAGGGAUUGAGGAAGGAAUACUGGGAGUUCAGUAUUCUAUGUCUUUUAUGGGGACCUUUAUCCUUACAGAAUAUCUUCAGGCAACCUCACACAAAAAUAGAAUUCAUGAAACUGCUCAGCAAAGAAUACAGAAAAGAAACUACAAAGACAUUAAAGUCGAAAAAGUUUAUGCAACUCAGUAUCUAUGAACAUGCUAGUGAGUACUGAAUACAUACCAUGCUAGUGGUUGAUAUGCAAAUCAGUUAUUUACUUGAAUGAUGCUUAUUGAUUAUCAAAGGAUUCCCUUGAUGAUUGUUGUACAUCUUAGAUUGUUAAUAUGAAAGAAAUCUCUUCAUCUGGCUACAUAAAUGAAAUCGAUCAUUUAGUAGCAGUUGGCUUAUCACAUUGCACUACUUUACAUGAAAGAUGGUCUCCAUAAAAGCAGUUGUAAUGGGUGGUUUAAUAAGGAAAACACUGUUAGAGAAUACAAUUUAACUGUUCUUAGCAAAUACAAUGCUUUUUGCAAUGCACUCAUUUGUUUUAUUAAAGCUAAUUAUACAUUUGUUUUUGCUAAUUUUUACUGUACAAAAGAAACUUGGAAUACUUAAUAGUCAAUUACUGUGAGGGUAAAAAUAAUGAAUGUUAUCACACAAAGAGUUGAUAUAUAAGAGGCAAGCCAAACAUGAAUAUAGUAUAUGGAAAUUUGUCAGAAAUUAAUAACUUCUAUUUUAAGCCUCUUUAGAGCAUUUGAAAAAGGAAAACCUUUAAAUCAAUUAGAUUCCUACUUUGGUCCGUGUAGAUGGCUGACACGAUUCAAUCUAAAUAGAACGCUAGUAAAAGCUACAAUCAGCGUCCUCUCAAAAGAGCUGACUUUUUCCUGAACAACACCUGAACACAAUUGACAAGCAAACUCUCUGUGCUCAGAUCUUCAUCUUUAGUCAUUUUGGAAUAUUUGAUCUUUUAGUAGUCAUUGGGAAGGGACUCUGAACUUGCCUUCAAGUGAUAAUGAGAAUGAUAUCUUUCAAGCAAGUGGGAUCAGAGAAGGCUGAAUACGCUGAUAAUAAAAUCUGGCUUGUGAAAUAAUAAGAAAAUAUUUUUACUCACUAACUAUUCAACCUGAACCAUUAUUCAGGUUUAGUACUUGGUAUAAAAAAAUAAGAUAAGUCUGGUCCUGGCAUAAAGUUGAAAAUCUCAAAGUGACAUACAUGAAACAUUAAAGGUUACUCCCAUGACAUGAUGUGUACUAUGACAGAAAGAUUAAGGACACUAUAGUUUGGGGGUGUAGGAGAAAGGGACAGGCUAACCAAAGGGUACAAAGUUUUGGUUCGACAGGAGGAAUAAGCCUUAGCGAUCUGGAGCACACAAUGGUGACCAUGAUAAAUAAUAAUGCAUUUUUACUGCACGCUGCUGUCAUAUAUAACAAAUUAGAAUAAAUAAAUAAAUUUAAUUAAAAAAACACAGGAACAUUCCUCUGUUGUGUUCUAGCCUAACAUAGGGGUCAUGGAAGGCUUUCUGGAGGAAAUAAUAGUUCAACUAAGCCUUUAAUUUAAAUAGGAGUUAAUUAUGCAAGGAGAUAGAGAAAGGAGUAUGUUUGUGUGUCCUGGAGCCUUUGGAAAAAGUAAAGGUCUGCAGGAUAUCUAGAGCUUGGAAUGUUAAGAAGAGGGGCAGAGAUAAGCACUGAUCUGCACUAGGAAGCAGCUGCAGGUUCAGGGAGGGUCAGGCCUGCUCAAUAUUUAUUUUGGUUGUUCUGUGGCGGGAGCUGGGAAGGAAGCACCCCCAGGCAGGCCCACGUGGGGACAUGUCAGGAUGCCUUUGAGGCACUUUAGCAAGGCACUGUGGUAACUUUUUCUUGGGCAAGAGCAGGGGCAGGGGAUCGAGAAUCUGAAGUCAGGGAGUUUUAUGAGUUAGAAUAACCAAUAGGUGUACAAGUAGGUGAUUCUGAAUCCCAGGACAGUAGAUUGGUCUUUUCUGUGGACCAACAGAUGUCACAAAAGAAGGCAGGCCUGCAUCCUAUUCCACUUACCACAAACAUAGUGCCUUCCUGGGCCCCACAGAAGUAAUAGCAAUGAUGCCAAGAAAUUGAAUGGCCAAAACGAGAGGGCAAUAAAUCCUUCUGCAACUCAGGUACUUUCUGUUUUUCUUUUGUUUUCCAUUAAACAAAAGGGAUGCUUAAUAGAACUGUCAGAUGUUAGAUCAUUAAAAAUAUUUUUUUGAUGCUAGAUCAGUAUUUGCUUUCUGGCACAUAACUCAGGAUUUUAAAAAAAUUGAAUGACAUUGCUAAAAUAAAACUUGUUCCAUUUCUAUCUAUUUAUUUAUAUAAAAAGCUUUCUAAGCCCUUACAUAAAAAAUGAAAAAUAGGAAUAAACUUGAUGUAAAACAUCAUCUCAUUCUUUCAUUGUUAUAUUCUCCAUGGACCUAUGAAAUAAUUGAAAAACAAAUUCAAAAGCAUUUUAAUUAAGUUUCAUCUAAAUUCUGGCUUAUAUAAUUAAUAUAUAGUUGUCAAAAUAUAAAAAGUUACAUUGUGUUCAUCAAUUGUAUUUAAUGAGAACUCAAUUCUGGAGAAAAAUGUUAUCACCUAAAACCUUAUGGUCCCAGGAGAUUAAAUAUAUUAAAUUUACCAACUUUUUUUAGAAAGAUGUAUGAUGAGGUGAUCAAUAAAAGACUUUCAAGCAUAGAAUAUAUUGAGUUUAAAUUUUGUUGAAGAAGUAAAACAGAAUUAUGAGCUCAAAGAGAAUGAUGCAAAAUUUCCUAGUGUUAAAGAAAUGCUUAUUCAUGUGUUUUUUAACUGGAUGAAGAGAGAAAUGGAAUCACUGGUGAUUUCACAUAUUUUAAACAUUGGACAUGUUUAAAAAGAAUGAAGUAACUGUGAUAUUUUUAAAUUAUGAAAUUUCCCAAAUGGAGGAAAUUGCAUUCUUUGCCAGUAAGAUCCUAUAUGGAGUUGUAUGGUAAUUUUUUGAUAUUGACUUAAAAUGUGAGGCUACUGGUUUAGGGAAGGAAAGUGGGGUUAAAAAAAGAAAGAAAAGUGCAUAGUUUAGAUUCCUAAGAGCAUCAUAGUUAAGGGUUGGUUGUUCUUCUCCACCGUGUAACAAGAGAAGGAAGCCAGGAAAGGAUGACUUGUUGUAAUUUUGCAGGUUGUCUUGAUGGGAUUGGAGAUUAGACUGUUUUGGAGGCAUAAAGGGUGGGGAAAGACUUCUAAAGAGAGCCCAAGGCUGGAGCACAGGAGCAACCUCUGAUAGCAGAAAUACCAGUCUUCAGGGUGGCUGACAGUGACCUGAGAGUGAUAGCAAUCUGGUUGGUAUGUGAUAGUCUUGAAGCAUGUAUUGGUAAGAAAUUCUUAAAAUGAAUGGAUAAAUGCAGACAUUAAGAAAAAUACUAGAAUUUGAAUAAUAUUAAGGGGCCAUGAAAAUCACUGAGGCAGAGAUGAUAAAUCAUGUACCCAAUUGGGGAUGGCAGAUAGAACUUCAACUUCUCACUUUCCUGCUGGGUUUUAUAAGGUUACCUUGUGCUUCUCUGUAUUAUGUCUUACACAGAAUUUUCUUAUGAAGAACAUUGGAAAUGAGGUGAGAUGUUUGGAAAAGUGUGUGCCCCUCUGCAGGACCCUAACACCUGGCUUCACCCAAACCACCCAACCCACCUUGCUACAUUUCCAGACCAGUCUCCUCUUUGACCCUAGAAUCAGCAUUUCAUCUCCUGGCUGGAGCACCUCCAUCUCCUAACUUGACUUGGCAUCCUCUGGAUCCUUGAAAACCUAUCCUCUUUCUCCCUGAUUUUCCAAACUCCACUUGUACUUAUACUCUAUACCAGCACUGUUCAGGAAAAAAUAGAAUGUAAACCACACAUGAGUCACAUGGGAUUUUAUUUUGUUACUUAUUUGUUUUAUUGUGAUAAGAAGCAUUUAACAGGAGACCUACCCUGGUAUAUAGUUUUUAAAUGCAUAAUACAGUACUGAUAGCUGUAGACACAAUAUUUUAUAGCAGAUCUCUAGAACCCAGUCCUCUUCCAUAAUUAAACCUUUUGCUGAUAAACAGUAAUUCCCCAUCUCCCUCUCAACAGCCCUUGGCAAUCACAAUUCUAGUCUCUUGAGACUCUUUCAGAUGCCCCCUGUAGGUGGAAUCAUGCAGUAUUUGUCCUUCUGUGACUGGCUUUUUUCACUUAGCAAAUAUCCUUUAGUUUCAUCUACAUUAUUGCACAUGGCAAGCCUUGUUUUUUUAAGGCUAUAAUAGAUGAAAAGUGCUGUGACAAUGUGGAUAAAUUGGAAUCCUGUACCUUCCUGUGUGACUGCAAAAUGAUGUACCCACCAUAGAAAAUAGUGUGGUGAUUCCUCAGAAAAUUAAAAAAUAGAAUUAAGUUAUAAUCCAGCUUCUGAGUAUAUAUCCAAAAGAAUUGAAGCCAGGAUCUUGAAGAGACAUCUGCACUCCCAUGUUUAUUGCAGUAUUAUUCACAAUAGCUAAGACAUGGAAUCAACUUUAGUGUCCAGAAACAGAUGAAUGGUAAAGAAAAUGCGGCACCUACCUAAUGCACUGUAAUUUUAAUUUUCUAGUAGACAAACUUCCAAGAGUAAAAUGAAACAGUAGCUGGUAGUUAAUGCACUGUAUAGUGUGAAUCUAUAUGGCAAAUGUCAGUGCUAAAUUCUAUUUUUAUUUACUUGUUUCUUGAGUAGUUUUCUCGGUUUUCUUGGCAGACUGUAUUCUACUUCGGGGCAGGAAUCAUGUUUUAAACUUCUUUAAUAUUCUUAGGGUGUUUAGCAUAAUGCUCAGCUUUAGUAAGAAGCUUGAUGGACCACAUUUGUUGAUUAUUUUAACUAGUAAAACUUUUUGUUAAGCCACCUUGAUAAUCUGGCUCUGUUGACUGGCCCUUUGGGAAUGGGAUUGCUCUUUUUGGAACAACAAAGCUGUCACGGUUUUCAAUAAUUGACAAGGCUGCUAAUAGCUGCUGCUUGUGUAAUUAGACAGUCAUUUAAAUUUGUGCGCAUCCUGGGGGUGGGACUGUUGUGUCUUCUGCUCCUUCUAGUCACAACAGCUUUUAUUUUAAGUAUGAACAUCUUUACGUACAAAUUAAUAGUUCUUUGAAAGGUACUAAAUGCUCUUUAAGAAAAUUAUGAAUUUAAAUUUGCCCUGGGGUGCUUAUCAAGUUGGUUAAUGUUAUCACACUUACAUCUGACUUACUGAGAACCUUGGUUGGAGACAAAUUGGCUAAGCUGUCCCAACUUGUCCCUUAGAAACUUCUUGUUUUUUUUUUUUCCAAAGGCUAUGAAGAGGGUUUGCCCGGAUUCUGGAAGUGUUAUUGUCUCUUCUGAUAGGCUUUAUGCAGAGAGAUGUGGCCUUCAGUAUAAACAAACUGACAAAAGGCCCCUUGAGAAUCUUAAUUUGUUCAAAUUAAAAAGAAUGUGGAAAGAUAAGAAAGCUGUUUAAAAGCUGGCCUCCACUUUAGUACAAGUCCUUUAACCGUUCCUUUGGGGAAAUUACAUCACCCUUACAUGGCGGUUUAAUGAAAAAAAAAAAAAACAGUCAUUAUUCAGAGCAGGGAUUUCUCUCCAUCUUUUAGCCUCCAUCAUGAAUGCAAUGGCGUGAAUUCAACAGUGCAAAUUCUUGAACUGCAGUGCAGCUAUGUGAGAUUAGAAAACCUCUCAGGUGUGCUGAAAAGGAAGCCGGUUUGACUUUAUGCUAAAACAAACCUAUCACAUCAAAACCAGUUUUGUAGUAAAAAGCCUUGGUCACAAUUAUACACUGGAGGUCUUUUUCGUGAAAGGGAGAACUUUUUUUUUUUCCCCUGUAAUUGUGACCACUAUACUAAAGCAAUCAGGAAGGUAUGUUAAUUUACUUCUAACUGAUGGAACUGAUUUCCUAAAAGCUUUAAAGGAAUGGGAGAUGUUAGUGUGAUGAAUUGGAGAUGCUUAAUCCCAUCACAAUACAAAGCAAAUUGAAUUCUUAUGCAUUCCAUCUAUUUUGGUAUUAAUCAACUAAGGAAAAGAAAAACACCAGUGAAAAGAAAAUACAACAAUAACAACAACAUCAACAACAUCUGUGUUCCUCACCUACUUCUAGGUAAUUCACAGUUGGGAAGAGGUUUAUACAAGCUAGCUUUAAACUUUUACCAGAAGUAAUAGAAUUGAAAUAUGAUGCCUCUGGUGUUAAUUAUUGAGGUGUAUUCUGCCAGGGAUUGGAAUCUAUGGGUGGCCUAUAACAGAACUCUGCCAAAUAUGAUCUAUUCUGUAUACAGAUAAUGAACUGUUGUCAGUUUCCCUCAAGGGAAAUUUGAAUAUAUUGUAUUCUCCCUCUAAGGUAGGUAUAACUAUGUUUGAAAAUAAAAUUGUUGUUGCUGCUAAUACCUAUUAACUUUAAAUGUUACUCACACGUCUGUGCUUGGAAGUCACAGCAUGUACUGAACAUUAAUUUUAAUCACUUUCUAUAGCAGUGAAAUUUUGCUUCAUAACCCACUUGGAAAAAUGAGAGCAGCAACUGAGGGGCUAAUUCCGUGUUAUUACUAAAUCAUCCCAGAUGAUUGAAAUCAAGUUCCCAAGGCUGAUUUGGAAUUGACACACAUGACAAGGAGGUUAAUCUUGGAUCUCUUUAGAUUUUUUCCUUGCAGUGAUCACAUGGAGUUUGGAUCCUACAACUUAGGAUUUAGAGAAUUGAAUCAGAGAAGUAUGGAAGGGGUAUUGCAUUAGGACCAUCAUCUUAAGGUCUCCAAUUGAUAUAACUUAAUUUUUUUUUUCCAUUUCAAUUCUUUUGACAACUCAAGGUCAUAGCUCUGAAUUCAGUUUCCCUAGUUAAUUCAUGGUUUCCACAUCCUCACUGGUUCCAUCAAAUUUUCAGAGAAUUUACAGAUGUCAAGACAUGAAGAUACACUCAAGUUCUUCUCUGGUCCCUGUUGGUUGGUCCCUAUAGAUUGCUGCCAACCGAUUUGUGAUCUGAUGAUAAGGUCACCCUUGGAGCCACUUCUUCAGCCAUCAGGUUCUCUCUUGAAUUUAAUUGCUUGUCAUCACCUGGCAGGGUUGGGAAAUGGGCUGGGCAACAGCAUAUAUUUUUCCAAAUAAGUCAAUUGAUUACGCCUGUUUUAGAUGCAAAAGUCAAGAAUCGCCUCUUUUGUUCUUCUCUGAACAGAAAUCCCCACAUACCUAUGUGUGUCCUAGAUUGAAAGAAGGUGAUAAUUGUAGGGAAAUAUCCUGGAUUAUUAGGGAAUAUAGAGGGGAAAAAACUCAGCAUUGGUUAACAUUUGAAAUUAUUAUUUUCUGAAGGUACAAGCAAACUGAAUCGACUUUUGGAAAUGUAAAA